AUUUUCUUACUGAUGUUAGGUAAUUUUGUAAUAAACAGUUUCACUCAUGGCCAAAAAACGUUUGUGUGCCUUGAUCGAUCUAAGUGGUACUCUCCACGUGGACGACGCUGCCAUCGCUGGAGCACAAGAAGCGCUGAGAAGACUUCGGUCAAAAAUUUCUUGCGUGAAGUUUGUCACUAAUACUACGAAAGAAUCCAAGAGGCUGCUUCAUUCAAGACUUACCAAAAUGGGAUUCGAUAUUGCGGUGGAUGAAAUCUAUACAUCGCUUUCUGCGGCACGAAACUUGUUGGAUCAAAGAAAGAGCAAUCCUUUGUUGCUUGUCGAUGAUUUCGCCAUGGAGGAAUUUCAUGGAUUUCCUACCAACGAAGAGAAAGACACAGUUGUAGUUGGUCUAGCUCCAGAAAAAUUUAGCUAUGAAAAUCUCAAUGAAGCAUUCAGGUUGGUCCACGCGGGAGCUUCGCUGAUUGCUGUGCAUAAAGCGAGAUACUACAAACGGAAUGAUGGCCUUGCUCUGGGCCCUGGGCCUUUUGUAGCAGCUCUUGAGUAUGCGACGGGUUCAAAAGCUUAUGUUGUGGGGAAACCCGAGAAGAGCUUCUUCUUAUCAUGCGUGGAAGGCAUGGGAUUUCAGCCUCAUGACUGCGUCAUGAUCGGAGAUGAUGUUCGGGAUGACGUUUUAGGUGCCCAGAAAGCCGGAAUGACUGGAAUCUUGGUGAAAACGGGUAAAUAUUUACCCGGUGAUGAAACCAAAUUUGAGUUUUCUCCGAAUUUUGUUGCAGCUGAUUUCACAGACGCUGUUGAAAUGAUCUGUAAUGAUUUUGUAUCCCCUAAGGCAUGA